CAGUUGACGCCACUCUGUAUCAGCCCAGCGCCCGGUGAACACCUUGCUGGCGACGCUGCUCGCUCGGGUCGUCCACUCGUGGAUACGUGAACACACUCGCCUCUCGGCGGAGGAUACAUACUCGUGUGUGUGUGUCUGCGUAUGUGUCUGAUUUGUGGCUGUUUGUGCGGCAGAACUGUGACGAGACUCGUCUUGUGAAGUGAUUUGGGAGAAAAAAACAAUAAACUAUCGAGUUGUUGUAACGUGCGUUGGAGCGGUUCCGGCCGCUGUGUUUAGCGGUUUCGGAACAACGUCGACAGGACAGGUGUACACAUCGAGAGCGUGAACUCCCACGGCCAGACUCCGCUCUUCUGCGCCUCCUUCGGCGGGGACAACGAGGUGGUGCUGCUGUUGCUGCGGCUGGGCGCCAAUCCUAAUCGUCGGUGUGGCCUCAAGGGCGCCACCCCCGUCCACGGCGCUGCCUACAGGGGCUCCCGCAGGGUCCUCAGACUCCUGGCGGAGGCCGGCGGCGAUCUUGCCCUCACUGAUAAUGAGGACCAGACUCCCAGGGACUACGCACUGAAGCAGCCGUCGCCGAUCCGUCGCCAGAAGAUCCUUAAUUUCCUGGACCUGCUGCUGGCGAUGACCCUGCACCGCUCCCUGGCCCGCACCGCCACCACCAACACCACCGGCCUCGCCCAUCCCCUGCCUCAUGCCGCCUCCAAGACCAGCCUCGCCCUCAAAGGUGUUAGUUCCUGCUGCAUUUUCUGCAAGCGUCAAGGGAGCCUAGCCAGCGUGUGGGGCGCCUGCAUCAACGAAGGGGAGGCGGUGUCUCCACGUCCCCAGCCCUACACUGGUGGCACCAACUCUACCCUCCACAAGACAGUUUCGUGUCAUAUUCUGGACCAGAUGUAUGUCUCGACCUCGCUACCCCUGCUGACCCCAGGUGACCUCAAGCGUCCAGAGGUCACAGGAAUUGCUUACACAUGUGGUGGGCCUACGGUGUACUCUCCCUACACCUGGCUGGGUACCAACGUCACGGUGCGCAGACCCACACCAGCACUAUCACUACCCAAGGAAAAUGCACAGAAGGGAGAGGACAAGAGUGCCCCUGACCAAGGCGCCUGCAAGUCACUGGAGCAAGAACUGACUAUCCUUCGCCGGCUGCGUCACCCGGCCUUCCUGGAGGUGAUGGCGGCGUGUCAUGUGACCUCGCCCCAGCCAGACCACAUCACCCUUGUGUUCCAGCAGGUGCCUUACGGCUCCCUCUACCACCAUCUUCACGUCGAGCACCGGGACCUGAGUGUGGGCGGAGCUGUGGACAUCCUGGUGGGCGUGGUGGAGGCCCUGCUCUUCCUCCACGCCCACAACUGGCUGCACACGGCACUCUCCUCGCAUGCCCUCCAUCUCGUCUCCACAAACCACGCCAAGCUGGGCGGGUUUGAGUUUGCUAUAGAAAUGCAUGGCCAGGGAUGCAGUAUGAAGGCUCAAGACCUUCUCCGUGCCUCCUGGCUAUACCCCUGGCAGGCCCCAGAGACGCUCAGCGAGCAGAUGGUCUCCAUACGCUCGGAGAUCUAUUCUUUCACUGCUAUUAUGUGGGAGAUAUGGUCAGGUAUGCCUCCAUGGGCAGGUGUGGAGGAGGCUGAGGUGGUGCAGAGGGUGGGUGGUGGGGAGACCCUUCCAGCUGUGAGCGAGUCCUUGCCUUCCCUUGUCCGUUACCUCACUCAGUAUGGCCUCAAGUGGAACUCUCACCAGAGAGAACUUGACUUGCAAGAGAUCCACACAAUGCUCCGGUCUUUAAAGAUUCAGUCGAAUGAGGAGGAUCGUGUGCCAGCUGUUCCUGCAUGGGGUCCACCAUCCAUACCAAAUACACCGGUUAUUGGCAGACACGCAUCACAGACAUCUGCUCACACUUCUCCUUCAUCAAAGAGAAACUCUUCUUUGACAUCCCAAUCCACUUCCAGCGAGUCAACCAAUAUCUGUAAAUAUAGUUCUGGGUCCCCAUCUAGUCACCCAGAAAUAUCUAGUGAUUUUAGUGAAAACAAUAGAAAAUCAAGAAAUUCAUGGUCAUCCAGGCAGGUGAUAGUAACUAGCGAAGUGCACGCUCCCCAAACGUCUGCACCCCGCCGCCAUAAUACAGCACACACCCCUCAGAAACUGCACUCUCAGGAGGUGCAGAAGUCAUCAAAUGUUCCUUUAGAAGAUAAAUUGGAUGGAGGCGUGCCGAGAAAGACACAUUGUGUGCCAGGAAAUGCCGUUGGCAAGAUAACGGGUGUAGAUAGUGGCUUCUCGACACCAUGUACCCGCACGCCCAGUCCCACCAUGGACACCAUAACUAGUGCCAAAAUUAAUCCAUCAUUUUUAACUUCAACACCAUCUCGACUACCAACUACUUCAGUGUUAAGAGUGGAUCUCCAACCAGAUCUUCUCCCUAAUAAAGUCAAUAUUAAAUCUCUCUCAAAUGGGCAAACCCCAGAUAUACUGGACCGUGGGCAUAUGGAAUGUUCUAAAGGUGGAUGUAGGAACAGAGGACAAGUGACACCCAGAUAUUCUGCGUUAUCUGACCAACCUUCACCAUCUCCCAUUACACCAGUUACAGAUUCUGAUCACUCGCGUACGAGUUCCCCAGUGGAUGAACGAGCAGUUGGGUAUGGAUACAUUUCCAAUGCCGCUAAAAGAGCUUUUUUGAUGGAAAGUGAUGGUGGGGAUGAUGGUACUUCUGCACUGCCUGAGCGUCCCUCUAGUGCUUCCCGACUUGAUCGAAAUGAUGUCCAACAUCAAGUAACAGAUGUCCUUCGAAGAGCGGAGGUAGUACGUCGAGGGUUGAGUAUGACUAACAUUAGCUCGCCCAGCUUUGCGACCAGUGCUUGUGUUACUAGGACCACCUCCCAUGUCUCGUUGACUAGCGCUUCCUCCAGUGCCAGUAGUGACACGAGUGGAAGGCGGCCCGUUCGUACUGUCAGUCAAAUUACGCUUACCCUCAGGAAGCUAUCACAAGUCUCGGACUCCUCUUCUAGUAAGGACGAUUUGAAUGAACCCCACCAAGAGCCACAGGCACUCUCUCGAAGGUCUCGCUCUCUCCCGAAGAGUCCAGCACACACUCCCAGACACUGCAGAAAGGCGGGAAGUACUGGAUGGGAGGAGAUCACGGGCAUCAAGCCAGCCAGCCAUCAGCUGACACGCCAUUCAUCUUCGUGCUCCUUGGCGAGUGGUCCCUCUAGUCCCACCCAUUACAACAGCCCAUCUACUUCCUGGCAACACCACAACACUAUAGGUGCUUGUGCGAGACCUUCCUCUAGUCAGGGCAGCUCGUCGCACUCCGCUGCAGGCACUGAGAAGACAAGUGUCGGGCGACGGUGGAAGAGUAUCAGUGGCACUUCGGGUGGCCUUGGGGACACGGCAGUCAAGAUCCAGCCUCGUCGACACUCAGAGGGCCAGAGACCUCGAGCUCGCAGGAGCAAACGGCAUCAAGAAGUGGAGGUUGAGGAGGAGUUCUUUGAUGACGAGUUCAAUGCGCAAUUAUUCCAGCAGCCACACAUGCAGCUAUCAGUGGGAUCCUCCGAGAACCUCCUGGAUAGCCGGGCACCGCACUCCAUGCUGGCAGAUGGAUCAGUAUCACCAGUAAGCUUCGGUUUAAAUAGCUUCUCUCCAAGCCUUACAAGUAGCGAAGACGAGGUAGAUGAGGCGGAGCCGGAAGGGGGAGCGUCAAGAGUAGCUGGCAGACCGUGUGGGAGACUAAGGGCUGUGGAAGAAAAUGGGAACUCUGAGGAUGACAACGAUGAGGGAAAGACACAAGUUGUCAUUGAUAGCUUGAAAGAUUUUGCUUUUGUGGAUGAUGCCAAGAUGCCAGCAGUCAGUGAAAAUGAACAAAGCAGUGACAAUGAUGAUGCAACCAGUGGUCCAUGGAGAUAUAAGGAAUUUAAUAAGGAAUAUGAGCCCUUGAAAAGUGUUGAGCUCCUUAGAAAUCUUGGAAAGAAUUUUAGUACGUACCUUCCCCCACAUUCCAUUGGAAGUGAUACAGAGACGGAACCUUGACCUUGUUGAACGUUACUGAGCUGUGCUUUAUCUUUUUAAUAUCCUUUGGGAUAAAUGGUGCAUUUACCAUAGCAUUUACCAUACAAAUGCAUACUUAUGUCAUGUUGACUGGUUGUGUUGUAGCAAUGCCAUCAUUUUGUACUUCAGUUCUAGCAUAUUGUAUAUAUAUUCACAUCAUGAGGUCACACUUCAUUUGUAUGUCUACAUUCCAUGUUAAUUUCAAAUCUCAUGUAAGAAAUUAGGUAGUACCCUGUAUUGUUUUUCUUGAGGUUACUGGAUUUUUUUUUUUAAUCGGCUUUUAAAUUCAAAGCUUUUAAGGAAUACAAUGUUAAAAAGUUUAUAAAUAAUGAACUAGGUCAUGAUGUUUUUAACUGCUUUGCUUAUCUCUGUAAAGGCAAAUUGUUUUGGUUGUGAAAUUAAACGUCUUGCCUGUCAAAGCAUUGGGAAAAAGGUUAGGGCUUUCAUACUAAAGAAUGCAGUCAGUGAAGUUUUCAUGGUUUUUCUUUUUAUAUAAUAUCCUUUUAACUUGGCAGCUGUGCUAAAUGCUGUAGAUAGUCCUCUCUACCAAAGAUAAAGUGGUGUAUGGAAUUUAGGUACACGGUAAUUGUAGAUUAUAUUGUAGUCAAAUGGCUUUUGUGUGAUAAUCACAUUGAGCAAUGGGAGAAUGUUGGAGAUAGUUAUUUCAAAAUUCGCAUACAGUAUUUUGAAAGAAUUUUAUACUGGUGAAUUAUUGUAAUAAUAAAUUUGUACUCUUAUGCUUCAGGAUGUGAAAGAUCUUGGGCUAAGAACAUGACACAAAAUUGAAGUUUGAAUAUUAAGAAGCUGCAGACUGAUGUAGAAUCAUGCCAUCUUCUGUUCCAUUGGCUGCCAGAACUUUGCUGAUCAGCGGAUCAUGUAAUAAAUUGUUCAGCAUAA